UUACAAAGCAGAGUGGACAGAAAUAGCAUCCAGAUGUGGAGAGGCCACCAAAAAUGGGACGUGCCUUCAACAGACUACAAUCACCCUAUUCAAAGCAAGCUUCCUUGUUACUCCAAGGAAGAGUGAGUUUCGACAGAAGCACGUUUGAUGCUUAACCAGCAGGUGGCGACAGAGUUUCGUCCUAACGUGAGCCAAUGAGAGGAGGUGUGAGGCAGGGCUGGAGCGUGCUCAGAGAGGUGAACUGAUAAAAGUGUGUUUCUGUGUGAGGGAGCCAGUCAGUCAGGAAGAGCUUGAAAGAGGAGAAGAGGCGAGAGUGGCUUUGGCUGGGGCGAGGCAAAAAAGGCAGAUAACAAGACAACUAUGGGUCCUGCUGCUCCUGCCUGGCGGUUAGACACUUCCUGAACCUGGCUGUGGUGUAAAUGUCAGAGGAGAGAGAAAGAGAGAGAAAAGAAAGCUGAAGGAGGGGACACAAGAGACUGUGCCCUGGAGGAGGCUUCUGCAGAGACAAAGUUGUGGUGUUGUCAGUGGGUGGUGAAAGAACAGGGAGAGGAAGCCAUCAGCAGGCACCAGAGCAUGGAGGAGAAGAAAAGUUUACCACACACGCACUUUCACUCACGUUCAGAGGGCCACACUUCCUGCUGCUAUCUGUGACUGACUGCCUGAGUUGCUUUGUGGAAUGAACUUCUGCACCAUGGAGGUCAAGCACAUUGCACUUCUCUUCACCAACCAGAGAUCUUUUCUCAAGUAACUUCUCAAGGAACUUUGCAUUUCUUGCCCAUCCAGUUUUUGCCCUCCACUCUUUCUCUCUUGCUGUUGUUCCAGUGGAACAGUUUGGUGCUCUAUGAAUUCAUGUAUCUGUGAUGGAUUAUCUCUAUCUGCACUCAGUCUGCAUUGCUGAAGAGUAUAAGAGAGAAAGAGCGACGCUCUUGGUGCACACGUGAGCUUGUGAUGGAGGGACAUGGAGAGGGACAGGUGGACGGGAGGUCCGGUCACCUGGAUGCUCUGCCGGAUGGUGAGGAACCAGCUACUCCGGACUCACCGUCAUCUUCCUGCUCGGACCUGUCCACCUCUACCCCCGCAGUGCAGCCCUGCACACAAAGCAACAGGACCUUCAGCGGGCUCGGGCUCUUCAGGAGAAGGAAAGCUAUUGCAAAGUCUGGUGUUCAGCAGCUGACAGCCCAGUCCAAUGCCACAAUGCCGGCCAAGUGUGAAGCUAUCAGAGAGAUCUCUCAGACAGUCGACUGGACUGAGAAUGCUCAGUUUGGACAGCACGUCUGGUUUGAGACCAGUCUUUCGGGAGAUUUCUGCUAUGUUGGAGAGGUUUACUGCUUUGCCAAAUCACUGCAAAAAUCGCUGCCUCGCUAUAAAUGUGCUGCCUGCAAAAUAGCUGUCCAUACAACAUGCAUGGAGCAGUUAGAAAAGAUCAAUUUUAAAUGUAAGCCAUCAUACAGGGAACCAGGGACCAGAAAUGUGCGAGAGACUUGUGCUGUAAGGCAUCACUGGGUUCACAGGAGACGGCAGGAUGGGAAAUGCAGACAGUGCGGAAAGGGUUUUCAGCAGAAGUUCUCCUUCCACAGUAAAGACAUAGUGGCUAUCAGUUGCUCUUGGUGUAAACAGGCGUACCACAAUAAAGUGACAUGCUUCAUGCUGCAGCAGAUAGGGGAGACGUGCUCUCUUGGGGCUCAUGCUGCUGUUAUAGUGCCUCCUACCUGGAUCAUCCGAGUCCGCAGACAGCAGGCAUCACUAAAGUCGAGUAAAAAAAGGAAGAAGGCCUCUCUGAAAAACAAGGCCAGCAAGAAAGGACCAGAGGAUGGAAAAUGGAAGCAGUUUAUAGUGAAGCCAAUUCCCUCCCAACUCAUGAAGCCAUUGCUUGUGUUUGUGAACCCAAAGAGUGGUGGAAAUCAGGGAGCAAAAAUUAUCAGGUCUUUCAUGUGGUACCUAAACCCACGACAAGUGUUUGAUCUCACUCAGGGAGGGCCUAAAGAGGGGCUAGAAAUGUACCGCAAAGUGCCCAACUUGCGCAUCCUAGUAUGUGGGGGAGAUGGAACGGUUGGCUGGAUCCUGUCCGUGCUGGACGAACUGCAGCUGAAUCCCCAGCCUGCUGUAGCUGUCGUCCCUCUCGGCACAGGAAACGACCUGGCCAGAACACUCAACUGGGGAGGGGGCUACACAGAUGAGCCGGUGUCUAAAAUCCUGUCUCAUGUGGAGGAUGGGAACAUUGUGCAGCUUGACCGCUGGAACCUGACCGUGGAGCCCAACCCAGAGGCCACAGAGGAAGAGAAGGAUGAACACCAGACAGACAAGCUUCCCAUCGAUGUCUUCAAUAACUACUUCAGCUUGGGUUUUGAUGCACAUGUGACACUGGAAUUCCACGAAUCCCGAGAGGCCAAACCUGAAAAAUUCAACAGCCGCCUUCGGAACAAGAUGUUUUAUGCAGGGACGGCGUUUUCUGACUUCCUUAUGCGCAGCUCCAAAGAUCUCUCUAAACACAUCAGAGUGGUGUGUGAUGGAACAGACCUCACUAGUAAAGUUCAGGAACUGAAGCUGCAGUGUCUGCUCUUCCUUAACAUUCCUAGGUACUGUGCAGGUACGACGCCGUGGGGUAACCCAAGUGACGACUUUGGGCCUCAGAGGCACGAUGAUGGCUGCAUUGAAGUUAUUGGAUUCACCAUGACUUCUCUGGCCACUCUGCAGGUGGGGGGUCAUGGAGAGAGGUUGCAUCAGUGCCGUGAAGUGACGCUCACCACCUUCAAGCCCAUCCCUGUGCAGGUGGACGGCGAGCCCUGUAGACUGGCUCCCUCUAUCAUCCGCAUCACCCUCAGGAAUCAGGCCAACAUGGUGCAGAAAACCAAGAGGAGGAUCUCCCUCCCUCAGCUCAAUGAUCAACAGCCCAUCUCUGAACAGCUGCAGAUCCAGGUGAGCCGAAUCAGCAUGCAUGACUACGAAACUCUACACUAUGACAAAGACAAGCUCAAGGAGGCCUCAAUUCCUCUGGGCGUCAUCACCGUCUCUGGAGACAGUGAUUUGGAGACUUGUCGCCUACACAUUGAGAAGCUGCAUGAGCAGGGGCGUGGUGUGAAUUCAGACUCAGUGACCAUACCAAAACUGUCCCCAAAAUGGUGCUUCCUAGACUCCACAACAGCAGAUCGCUUCUACAGAAUAGACCGUGCUCAGGAACAUCUGAAUUACGUGACUGAGAUCUCCCAGGAUGAGCUUUUUAUCCUGGACCCAGAGCUGGUCACUAAGGAGACCGUGGGCACAUCUCCGGGAAUGCCGGGAAUGGUGGAGGCAGUGGGAGAAAGCUCCAGCAGCUCUGACCAGUUUGCCUUCCCAGCGUGCUCUCCUGCCCCCUCUCCACUGAGCAGGGUUAAUGAGGAACAGGCUGCAGGUCCGAGAAAGCGAAUGUCGUGCGAUGGAACCAACGCAGGAGGACAGACGGAUGGAGUGCUAUCUAUAAAUAAAGGCCUUUGCAGGUCAGAUGAUGCUGUCUGGAAUGCAGCUGAUAAAGAGACUAAGAUACUAAUUGAAAGUGUGAAGUCUGGAAACUUUGAAAAGCUAGUGCAACUACACAAGGAUGGGGCCAGUCUUGAAGUGUAUGAUGCGCUGGGCUGUACUCCACUCCAUUACGCUGUAGAUGUGGGCAGCAAAGAAAUGGUGAAAUACAUCAUAGAGAAUGCUCCACCAAGUAUACUGGACGCAGUGGAAAAAGAGACUGGUGAGACGGCUCUGCAUAAGGCUGCAUCUUUGGGCCACAGGACAAUCUGUGGUUAUUUGGUGGACGCGGGAGCUUCCCUCAUAAAAACUGACCUACAGGGUGACACUCCCAAGGCACACGCAGAGAGAGGUCAAGACUGGGAGCUGGCCGAGUAUCUGGAAAACCAUCAGCACCGCCAGCUGAUCCAGCGGGAUGACCAGGAGACAGCAGUGUAACCGACCGCCACUUCCUCUGGAAACCUUUCUCAGCAUGGCUGAAUGACAGCACUGGGACAGCGUGUUAGCAGAGAAAGAGCCCGUCUUUUUUCUCUCUUGAUUGUAAUGCCAAAUCAUUUAUCAUUUUUGACGUCCUAUGUCAGAAUGCAUGAAUGUGCUUCUCGUGCAGUUGUGUCGGGGAUUGUUUUGAGCUACAUGCUGCCUGCUCCUUAGGACAUAAUGCGCAAAACCUUUUGCACUUCAGGGCUAGAAUAACUGUGUGUAUGACUGUGGCUCUUUAACCUUAUAAAGCAAACCGCUUAAACCUCAGAAUAUUUUUAAGAGAAGGGAAUAAAUUGAGUGAAGGAGUUUUUUUUUUCUAAUGGAAGUAAUCCUGCUUUUGACUUAAUUUGCUCUUAUAAUCAAAGUAUUGUAUGAUUGCCAGAUUCAGAGAUGUUGAUGAUCCACUUGACUUUUGUCAGUUUAUUGAUAAGUUUUAGUAAUAUUGAUAUGUACUUACUACUUGUAGCUUUACUUCAUCUGUUAGUCACUUUGGCUGAAUUGGACUUUGACAGCCAUCUGCAUUUAAAGCUACUUCCUUGGCUGUUGCUUUUGGGCUCUUUCUGUCUUAAUUUUUUGUUGCGUUUAACAGAAUUAUAAGCAUGCUUGUGUACAUCACGUCAAGUAACAAUGUUAAUUACUGUCUCUCUUUUUUCUUGAUUCUGAUCUGGUCUCUGUACUAGCCUCUUUGAACAGAUUGCUCCCUUAGAAAUUCUCUAGAUAUAUUUUGUUUUCUAGAGUUAUUAUAACAUAUAGACUAUUACAUAUUUCCAUAUUAUACAAGCUCGAAAGUGCUGUGGGGCCAAAAUAUCGGGUCGUUUUUUCUGUACGGACACCCAAAGAUGGUGUGACCAUUCCUGUCUGUCAAGGCCAUUGAGGUAUGUUGUUGUAGAUGUUGAGAUUGUUAUUCAAACAGAUUAGUAAGCAGUUGCUGUGGUGGGGUGGAGGGUUGGGGUGUAACAAAGAAUAAGAAAUAUUAAAAAUAUGUCUCAAAUAUCUUCAGUUUUCUCAAAUGUCUUGAAUUUUCUCUAAUGUCUUAACUUGUCCUUUUUGUGCAGAAGCUCACACUCUCAUUCAUUUAAAGAGUAAAAUCUGACAUACUUCAGCGAGUCUGUUAUGCUUACACAUUUUCAUUGUUAGUGAAUGUCCUAGAGUGCUAGAUAAGAUUAUUUUACAAAGGACAUUGACUGGUUGGGUUCUGCAUUCUAAUUCAGAAUUUAUCAUUUUUUAAUGCAGUUUGCCAUCAUUGCCAUAACCUUGUUUUUUAAUGUGCUGUCAGGAUAGAGUUAUAGUGUGCAUUGUCAAUGCUCUGUUUUGAGUUGCUGUGCAAUUCAAGUAUAGAUAGUAUGUCUGUAUAUGUAUAUAUAUCCAUAUACACAUACAAAUUUGUGAAUAACUUUACCAUUCCCAUAUCCUAUCCAAGCAUUUGUAUCACAUUAUUGACUUAAAUAAGCA